AGACAAUGAGGGAGGGUCUUUGCCGAUCGCCUGCUGCUUAUUGUUCAAGGACUGGAGGCUGAAGCCGGCAGCUACCAUCUUCUCUAGGGUUGCGCCUCCACCUCCGCCCUCUGCCCCACACAGGGCCAUCGGGUCACCCAGAGCCGGCCCCCAGGGCUCCAGGGACACCAGACUCAGCCCCAGCCCUAGCGGAUCUUCGCUGACAGCUCUUUCUCUCCUUUGCAGAUUGGCAGUUUCGCGCCCGAAGGGUGUCAGAAGCCGAGGCAGUGAGGACCAGAAGCCCCUGGCCCAGCAGGGCAGCAUGCGGCGCAGGCAGCGGCGCUAAGUGCCUCCACGCUGGGCGCGGGACAUACUCGCUCCGGGCGGCAGGCAGAGCGGCGGCGGAGGAGGGGAUGCUCCCGGGACGCGGACGGCGCCCGCCGCGAGCUACCGCCCGGAGGUGGAAGCCAAGCAGGGUUCAUCGUAGGACCUCACGGACUCCUGCCCUGCAGGGCACGCGGUUGUGGAACCUUGAGACCUCGUCUGCGGUCAGGAUGUCCUGCGUGCUUCCCUGGUGGUGAGGAUGCCCUGCUGCGCCGCUCUGCGUCCUGGCUUUGCAACCCCAGCCCCUGUCCCUCGUGGGCACGAGUGUCUAUUCCCGGCUUUGGCCCCUGUGCCAGUGGAUGAAAAGCGCCAGAAUCUUUGAAUGUGAUCAGGGAUUGAAUCUGAACAAGAGCCAUGGACGAAGGAACUGGGCUGCAGCCCCGGGCGGGAGAGCAGCUGGAGGCACUGGCCACUGAGGGAGCUGUCCAAGGGAAGUGCGAGUCAGAGACGUUUAGGUCCAAGAGUUUACCGGUCCUGAACAGCGCCUCCUGCCGACCAGACCUCAGUCCUGCGUGUAUAGAAGCUAAGCUGGCCCUCAGCUAUACGAAUUCUUUGGGCCACCAGGAGUUGAAGCAAGGCCCUGGCCCGUUGCCUUCUAGCCCAUCUGCCCAGUCCACUUCGGUGGGGACGGUGGGGCUCGUGGACUGUUACCACAAGGUGAAUGUCAGCAAAACCGUCUCGGUGUCCUCCACUCUGGCCACGCUACAGGGGAGAAGAUGUCUCUACGUGGUCCUCACUGAUUCCCGUUGCUUCCUGGUUUGCAUGUGCUUUCUGACCUUCAUCCAGGCGUUAAUGGUUUCUGGGUAUCUGAGCAGUGUCAUCACCACCAUUGAAAGGCGCUACAGUCUGAAGAGUUCCGAGUCGGGGCUGCUGGUCAGCUGCUUUGACAUCGGGAGCCUAGUGGUGGUAGUGUUCGUCAGCUACUUUGGCGGCCGUGGUCGGCGGCCCCUGUGGCUGGCUGUGGGUGGACUUUUCAUCGCAGUCGGGGCUGCCCUUUUCGCUUUACCUCACUUCAUCUCGCCUCCUUACCAGAUCCAAGAGUUGAACGCCUCGGCCUCCAACGACGGCCUGUGUCAGAAUGGAAACUCCACGGCAACUCUGGACCCUCCUGCAUGCCUGAAGGACUCAGGAGGAAAUAAUCACUGGGUCUAUGUGGCUUUAUUUGUUUGCGCACAGAUUCUUAUUGGAAUGGGCUCCACACCUAUUUAUACCCUGGGACCAACCUACUUAGAUGAUAAUGUCAAGAAAGAAAACGCGUCUUUGUACCUAGCCAUCAUGUAUGUCAUGGGAGCACUUGGUCCUGCAGUGGGAUAUUUAUUAGGUGGACUUCUUAUUGGUUUUUAUGUUGACCCCAGAAAUCCUGUUUAUCUCGACCAGAAUGACCCUCGUUUCAUUGGAAACUGGUGGAGUGGAUUCCUCCUUUGUGCCAUUGCAAUGUUUCUUGUGAUAUUCCCAAUGUUUACUUUUCCAAAAAAGCUCCCACCUCGGCACAAGAAAAGGAAAAAGAAAAAAUAUUCUGUUGAUGUUCCUGGCGAUGAUGAUGUUAUGAAAGAGAAAUCAAACAAUAAUGAACAAGUGGACAAAAAAGUGUCUUCAAUGGGAUUUGGAAAGAAUGUCAGAGACCUACCAAGAGCAGCUGUCAGGAUCUUAAGCAACAUGACAUUCCUUUUUGUGAGUUUGUCAUACACAGCUGAGAGUGCCAUUGUAACUGCUUUCAUUACCUUCAUUCCCAAGUUCAUCGAGUCACAGUUUGGUAUCCCUGCUUCCAAUGCCAGCAUCUACACUGGUGUUAUUAUUGUCCCCAGUGCUGGUGUUGGUAUUGUCCUGGGAGGCUACAUUAUAAAAAAAUUGAAACUUGGUGCAAGAGAAUCUGCAAAAUUAGCAAUGAUCUGCAGUGGUGUAUCUUUACUGUGUUUUUCGACCCUAUUUAUUGUUGGAUGUGAAAGUAUUAAUCUAGGAGGCAUAAACAUCCCUUACACAACAGGACCUUCUCUCACCAUGCCCCAUAGGAAUCUGACAGGAAGCUGUAAUGUUAAUUGUGGUUGUAAAACACAUGAGUAUGAGCCAGUCUGUGGAUCAGAUGGAAUUACAUACUUUAACCCUUGUCUGGCUGGCUGUGUUAAUAGUGGUAAUCUUAGCACUGGGAUACGGAAUUAUACAGAAUGCACCUGUGUCCAGAGCCGACAAGUGAUUACUCCACCCACAGUGGGGCAGCGCAGUCAGCUCCGUGUGGUUAUUGUCAAAACCUAUCUCAACGAGAAUGGCUAUGCUGUGUCUGGGAAGUGUAAAAGGACCUGUAAUACUCUUAUCCCGUUCUUAAUUUUUCUUUUCAUAGUCACCUUCAUCACAGCAUGUGCCCAACCUUCAGCAAUCAUUGUAACACUCAGCAUACAUUCCUACUCCAAUUUACUUUGGAGCUGUCAUUGACACCACCUGCAUGCUCUGGCAACAGGAAUGUGGCGUGCAAGGCUCCUGUUGGGAGUACAACGUGACAUCAUUUCGUUUUGUCUAUUUUGGUUUGGCAGCUGGCCUCAAAUUUGUUGGCUUUAUUUUUAUUUUUCUGGCCUGGUACUCCAUUAAAUACAAGGAGGAGGAGCUGCAGAGGCAGAGGUGGCGAGAAUUCCCUCUGAGCACUGUGAGUGAGAUGGUGGGCCGCAACAAACAUGCCGCCAACUCUGCCCGGACUAGGUCUUGCCCUGCUUUCAGCACCCAAGGAGAAUUCCACGAAGAGCCUGGUCUGCAAAAAGGGAUCCAGUCCACAGCACAGACCUAUCCUGGACCCUUCCCUGAAGCAAUAAGUUCCUUAGCCGACCGGGGGCUGGAAGAAAGUCCGACUGCCAUUUAGCCUCUCUCCUGAAGCUUGAAAAUGGAAGACUCUACUUUUGUUGGUUGAGUUGAAUAUGGCGACUUGAGAAACACCUGUGCCUUCUUUCUUUUCUUUUUUUAACCUCUAAAGACACAACCCUCAAACCAACAAAACUCAAUAGAAACAGCCACUACUGAUUGAGGGCUGGAUACCUCAACAAGUCUAAGAGCCUUUAUCCCCUUCUCUCUGAGAGGAGGAGUUUAGACAGAUGUGUUUCCAUUUCCUCUGUGUUAAUUUAAUGCUCACACUCCAAUAUGGUAUAAGGCUGAGGUACAUGGUUAACAAAAUCAUGCGAAGGGUAAUGGCAGCACAUAUCAUUAGCAUACACUUCAAGCACAGGUGAGCUUGACCAUGACUUUGCUUUUAUAAAUCGAAAUUUUUAGAUAUGAACAUCUACUGCAUUCUGCUACAAAGCACAAAUGAAUUUGCCUCAACUAUGCAAUUUGGUUGGAAAAACAUAAGUGCAGCAUGUUCCUUUUGCUUUCAGAGACUAAAGCUGGUAAGUUUUUAAAAAGAGGAA